CUCACUUGAAAAAAAAAAAAAAAAAAAAAAAAAAAAAAAAAAAAAAAGUGGAGUUUACUCUGUUUUUGUUGUUGAUUUUCUCUCUGUUUCCAUGGUUCCGAUCAGGAAUUUCUUAGCAGCACCGUCGAAUUUUCUUCCACCGGAGAUGAUCUUCACGGUUGGAUCGAAGAAUUUGAUGCAGAAGGAGUUUGUUUACCAGUGACACAUUGUUUUGAAUUUUAUAAGAUCGUCUUUGUAAAUUCUGCUGUGAUUUUCGCUUAAUUGAUUUUUGUGUUCUUUCUGGAAAUGGAGUCCGUCAAUUUCUACGACAUAAGAGCGGAGAAAGCGAACGCGAUUCUCAAGUAUCGACAGCUCAGAAAGAUCGCUAACCUGUUUCGAUUCAUCGAGUUAUGUUUGAUUCUCGUCGUGAUCUCGAGAUUUUCCAGCCAUUUGCCGACCGCCUUCAAGAACUCCAGCGAGUACUUCCGCUACUUGUCGGUGACAUUGAUCAGUCCUCGCUUCGUGUUUCUGAUCGGAAACGCAAUAGUCAUCACUCUUUUCGCUAAAUCUGGACAGUUCUCUGCUAAGGAUCCGAGCAAGAAGAAUUCGGUUGCCGAUCUUUACGAGGAGUUCAUCCAAAACAGCGAGAAGAAUCAGAAAACUCGACGCGCUGAGAUCGAGUAUCGGAUCAAACAGAUCGAUGACAGCCGCGGUGAUUCCUCGAUAUCUGUCAAGAAAAUCGUCAAUCCUCAAGAAAUUAAGCGUUAUCAAAGGAGUAAAUCGGAGAAAAUGGAGGUCGUACAGCGAGAGAAUCUGGAUCGUGAAUUGCGACGAUCGGAGACGGAGAAAUUCAAGAAAAUCGUCGGAUUGAGGGAAGACAGAAGAAAUAGCUCGUAUCCGGAAGAUGGAAUGAGCAACGAGGAGUUCCGGCAGACGGUGGAGGCGUUCAUAGCGCGGCAGCAGAGGUUGCGAAGGGAGGAAGAAUUCUGUGGGUUUUAGGAAUUAAGGACAUGUAAAUCAAAGCUUUCACGAUCUCGUAAAUCCUGCAAGUGAUUAGGGCUACGGACUGAAUUGAAAAGAAGAAGAAGAAAACGGGAAAUUCGAAAAAGUCGUAAUAAGUUCUGUAUAUUUUCUUUUUAUACAGCUUUCUUUUCUUUUUCUUUUUUAAUUUUCAUUUUACGUAUUUGAAUGAAAAUUAUAAAACUCAAAUAA